AUGGCCAGGAACACUGCGCUGCACUUCCGCGUGGUGGAGGGACGGGACCUGCCCGCCAAAGACGUGUCUGGCACAAGCGAUCCCUAUUGUAUCAUCAAGGUAGACAAUGAAAUUGUGGCACGAACUGCCACAGUUUGGAAGAACCUCAAUCCCUUCUGGGGGGAAGAAUACACCCUGCACCUUCCCAUGGGCUUUCAUAACCUCUCUUUCUAUGUCUUGGAUGAAGACACGAUUGGACAUGAUGAUGUCAUUGGCAAAAUCUCCCUGAGCAAAGACGAGAUUUCAUCUCAGCCAAGGGGAAUCGAUAGCUGGAUCAACCUGAGCCAGGUGGACCCCAACGAGGAGGUGCAGGGGGAAAUCUCGCUGGAGUUGCAGGUGGUGGAGGAAGGCCAUCAACGGUUGCUUUGCUGCCAUGUCCUCGAAGCGAGAGAUCUAGCGCCACGUGACCUCUCAGGGACUUCAGAUCCCUUUGCCCGGAUACUGUUUAAUGGGCAGAUCCUGGAAACCGCUAUUAUUAAGAAGACCCGUUUCCCACGUUGGGAAGAGAUGCUGGAGUUUGCCCUGGAAGAGGGGGCUGAUUCCGAGACUCCCCUUGUUGUAGAAGUCUGGGACUGGGACAUGGUGGGCAAGAAUGACUUCCUGGGGCAGGUCAAGUUCUGUCUGGGCUCCGUGCAGAAGACCAUUCUCAAAGGCUGGUUCCGCCUGCUUCCUCUGCCCAAUGCAGGAGAGGACGCUGGGGGGAAACUGGGUCAACUAAGAUUACAGGUUCGGCUUGCUGAAGAUAGGAUCUUGCCUUCCAGCUACUAUCAACCACUCAUAGACCUCCUUGUGGAGUCUGUCCUAUGCCUUCCAGAGGCAGAUGACCUCACCCCACUAGCUCUUCUGGAAGAAGUAUGUUUGGUGGAGAGUCGUCAAGAUGUAUCCACCAAGCUUGUCAAGAUCUUCCUUGGGCAGGGCUUGGUUAUACCUUUCUUGGAUUACCUGAAUUUCCAUGAGAUUUCAAGAACAACGGAUCCCAACACUCUCUUCCGGUCCAACUCAUUAGCCUCCAAGUCCAUGGAGCAAUUCAUGAAGAUAGUGGGAAUGCCCUAUCUCCAUGAAGUUUUAAAAGUCAUCAUACACCGGAUCUUUGACGAGAAAAAGUAUGUGGAACUGGAUCCCUGCAAGAUUGAACCUAGCCGAGCCAAGCGGAUCUCCUUCAAAGGCUCCCUGUCAGAGGCCCAGAUCCGAGAAAGCAGCCUGGAGGUGCUGAAAGGGUAUUUGGGAGACAUCGUGGAUGCCAUUGUGGGCUCAACGGAGAACUGCCCUUCUCUGAUGAGAGUGGCUUUCAAACAGCUGUACAAGCGAGUGGAGCAGCGGUUUAAGGAAGCAGAGAGUCAGGAAGCCAAAUACAUCGCCAUCAGUGGCUUCCUCUUCCUCCGCUUCUUUGCCCCUGCAAUUCUGACCCCGAAGCUCUUCAAUCUCCGAGACCAGCAUGCGGACACGCAGACCAGCCGGACCCUCUUGCUCCUGGCCAAGGCAGUACAGAGCAUCGGCAACCUUGGUCUCCAGCUGGGACACGGCAAGGAGCAAUGGAUGCAGCCUCUGCAUCCGUUCAUCCUCGCCAGCAUUGGGCGUGUGCAAGAAUUCCUCGACGGGCUGAUAGACGUGGACACGGAGAUGGAAGGAAGUGAAAAACAACCUUGGACCCUCUUCCACUCAUCAGCCAUCAUCAAAGAAGGUUACCUGCAGAAACGUAAAGCAGAAGGUGUCCAUCUGGUGUCCCGUUUCACCUUCAAAAAGCGUUACUUCUGGUUGAGUCAUGAAAGCUUUUCCUAUUCCAAAUCUCCAGAGUGGCAAGUCCGUACGUCCAUUCCGGUCCAACGAAUCUGUGCCGUGGAACGGGUGGAUGAAAAUGCUUUUCAACAGCCCCACAUGAUGCAGAUCACAACGAGAGAAACGGGGGGCCAGCUGCUUACGAUCUACAUUCAGUGCAAGAAUGUCAAUGAGCUGAACCAAUGGCUUUCGGCGAUCCGAAAAGCCACCAUCUCCAAUGAAUGCAUGCUGCCCUUUUGCCACCCGGGGGCCUUCAGAGGCAAUCGCUGGACCUGUUGCUUGCAAACGGACCGUGCCGUUCGGGGCUGCAGCCGUACACAUUCUGCAGUGACCCUGAGAGACUGGAGUGACCCACUGGAUCCCGACGCAGAAGCCCAGAUGGUGUACAAGCAGCUUUUGUUACAUAAAGACAAGCUCAGGGAAAAAUACCAGGAGAUUUCAAACACAGAGGCUGCGCAGGAACAAAGCAACACGGCCAAAAAAGCUUCAGACAAAAAUCAGCGAAGGCUGACAGCUGCCGCCCAUCUUCUAGAAGUCAUCCAAGGUCUGGAACAGGCCCACAAGGCUUUUGAACAUCAAGAAGAUGGAGAGAAACCAGGGGCUGGUGCUCUACCACCUUCCUAGAUGGCAUCUCCCAUUGGGAACCAGAUUGUUUUUGUCUGUGUUGUAUUGAUGACGUCGUUUUUACAUCUGUCUGGAGAAGAAAGCAAUUGCCUACACUGCAGAUUAUGCUCUUGUUGAACAAUGUUCCCUUGGAAGGAGAACGUGGCAGAAAUUACAACACCUUUCUAUCCUCCUAGCUGUACUCAACCAGUGUUCUACAUGAAUCUAGAAGAACGGGUCUGUGUGUGUCAAGGUUCUGCUUAUCACAGAGAUGGAUGGAAGUUAGUUCCUCUGGCCCACAAGUCUCCUGUAGCCCAGAACUGUAGGUCUUGGCACCGUUAUCUCUGUUUGAUCAAGUUUCUGGUCUUUAUCACAAUAACGAUAAGCUUGAAAACAUGGGGAAGUCCUACUCCAGUCUCAAGAGAAGAGACUGAUGGCUGCCUAACAUUUUCAGAGGUGCUGAAUAAACUCCUUCCCUCUAUAACUCUCUGAGCUGUUCCUCUGAGCUAUAAAAUGCGGGCCAUGGUAAGCGAAUUUUGAAAAACAGAGAAUAAAG